AUGACAAAGGAGGUGCAUUGCAUUUGUGACCAAUUUAACUACGAGGRGAACAGAAUCGAUUGGCGACAACCUCAGCCCGGCCUGGGGAGCCAGGACAGGCCGGAGGCUGCGUGGCGGCUCCGCCGGAGGUUGGGAGCGGGUGUCCGGGGCUCGGGGCCGCCGCCAGGGCGCUCGCAGGCUGCCCCCUCGCGGCCCCGCCAGCGCUCGGCGCCCGCGGCCGCACGGCGGGAAGGCGCGGGGAGCGGGAAACGCUUCCGCGGGCCCGGUCUGGCAGCCGAGCGCGUGCGUGGCCUCGGCCAGGGGCCGAAAGCGACUGAAACGCUUCCAAAAUCACCCAACGCGGGGCUUUUUCACACAGUACUAAUUCUACCAGGGCGUUUAGGGGCUCAGCCACAGCGCCAUAGUUACAAAUGUGAAACAGAUCGUCCUGAUACGAACCCCAGCGCAUCACAGGGAGCACCAGGACUGGCCGCGCCGCUGUCGGCCGCGCUCGCGGGCCCCUUCGCCGGCGGGCGCGUGGUGCGGCUGCACCCGGUGGUGCUCGCCUCCAUCGUGGACAGCUUCGAGCGGCGCAACGAGGGCGCGGCGCGGGUCAUCGGCACCCUGCUGGGCACCGUGGACAAGCACUCGGUGGAGGUCACCAACUGCUUCUCCGUGCCGCACAACGAGUCCGAGGAUGAGGUGGCCGUGGACAUGGAGUUCGCCAAGAACAUGUACGAGCUGCACAAGAAGGUGUCUCCCAGCGAGCUCAUCCUGGGCUGGUAUGCGACGGGUCACGACAUCACUGAGCACUCGGUCCUGAUCCACGAGUAUUACAGCCGGGAAGCGCACAAUCCCAUCCACCUCACCGUGGACACCAGUCUCCAGAACGGACGCAUGAGCAUUAAAGCUUACGUCAGUGCUCCAAUGGGGGUCCCUGGCAAAACUAUGGGUGUGAUGUUCACACCUCUAACAGUGAAGUAUGUUUACUAUGAUACAGAACGGAUAGGAGUGGAUCUUAUCAUGAAGACCUGUUUUAGCCCUAAUCGAGUGAUCGGCUUGUCCAGUGACUUGCAACAGGUGGGAUCAGCCUCGGCCAGGAUCCAGGAUACCCUGACCAUGGUACUGCAGUAUGCAGAGGAUGUACUGUCUGGCAAAGUGGCUGCUGACAACACUGUUGGGCGAUUCCUGAUGGACCUUAUUAAUCAGGUGCCAAAGAUUUCACCAGAGGACUUUGAGACAAUGUUGAACAGCAAUAUCAAUGACUUACUGAUGGUGACCUACCUGGCAAACCUCACACAGUCACAGAUUGCUCUCAAUGAAAAGCUUCUGAGUUUAUAAAGAACCUUCUGCCAUCCUGUACUUCAAAGAACUCGAAGAAGAAACAGAUACUCUUCUGUGGUGGUGCAAAUAUUUGUUGGACAGUAAUUUAAUUACCUAGAUGACUUGGUUUACAUCUUUGUUUUCAUUUCCUUGGAAGUCCCUAAUAUGAUUUAGGAAAUGAAUUGAAACUGCCUA